CACAAGCACAAGCAUAAGCACAAGCACUAUAAGCACAAGCAUAAGCAUAAGCACAAGCACAUUUAUAAGCACAAGCACUAUGUCAACACAAACAUAAGUCUGUAGUGCUGACUGCAUCACAACAGACGACGGUUCAUUUUGCAGAUGAACGUCGUUAUUAGGGUUUUUUGUCGAAAAUAGAAACGUUCCUACUGCUGUUCGAUUAACAUGGGUGGACGCAGUUCGCGACCGUCGGUGGACGUAGGCGCCAUUAUGCGCUCCCACGAAGAGGCCAUGCAGCGCCGCGAACAGGAAUACAGGGAGCAGCGAGAUCGCGACACGAACCAGUUCAACCAGCGUUUCACCGACUUAACUAACGCCAACGCGGCCGAAAGCCAGCGUCAACAAGAGGAAUUCCAACGCCAGCAACAACGCUGGGAGGCGGAACAACAAGCUGAAAAGACGCGCUACGAGGGCCGUAUUCAAGAUUUGGAGAAGAAUAUGCAGGAGCCGGAGCGUCAGCUGAACGACGUCCAGGAACAGCUCCGCCGACCGAUUAUUGACCGGGAAAACAAGGUGAAUUUCGUUAACGGACUGCAACUCCAGAUUAAGCAGACGGAUUCGCUGCUGUUACUGGGACCGAAGGGAAUGGGCAAGAGCACGUUUCUCUGGCUCCUUAAUAAAGGUGCCAAACCGCAUAAGACGACGACAGACGGAACCGUGGAAAUCAUACAAGUCAGCGGCUUCGUGGACUCCAUCGGACUACGCGGGUGGACACCGGAGGAACUGCUUAAGCUACUCGUCCUAAUGAUCUACGAAGGAAUUCCGCGGGAUCUCAUUAUCUUCGGCAACGACCGCAUCGAUCUGCCCAUCACGUCACUAGGUUUGUUGGGUGUCAACAACCCGAUGAUCGUCAUCAUGUCCAGCGAUUUCUGGCGGAAUCUCGAACCGGUCAACGGCGGUCGGCAGCGCAUCCAUUUAGUGGAGAACGAGCAAAAGGUGCGGCGCGUACAGCCAGUGGAGGAUCUGGAUUUGGUGUACAAUCUGCCGGUGUACGAGGACAUCCAGCAGUUCCAUCUGGGCACGCCCAUCACGCACCACGAUAAUAUCGAGUUGCUGGUCAACAAACGCCGCGAAGCCGGGAUUCGGCCCUUCCAGUUUUUGAUGGAUAGACUCGGUGCAGUGUUCAAGGUCGGCAUGGAGAACGAAGCUAACACGGAGGCACUGUUCCGGUUUAUCUAUCUUUUCGAAACCAAGUAUAACAAGGACCGACUGCGGUUCAUGAACUUUGCAUCGCUACAAGAGUUCGCGUAGCGCUUGUAAAAUGACACAUUUUCAGUUGAUGUUUAUUGGGCAAAGGCCAUCAGUGUUACAAAAAGUGCAUUCGCGUAAUACUUUUCAGUUGUUUCCUUAUGUUUCCUUUCUUAUACAAUGUUCAGAAAAAAAACAGUUUUCGUCUAGCAGAAAAUAAUAAAUGUACUGAU